UGCGGCUUCUGCGGCAAUGCGCCCUGCGAGUGGCAGCAGUACAGCAAGGAGAGCAUCGGCAGCAGGCUGCGCGUGCUGACGUCUACGCACAGGCGCCGUACCCCCCAGCGGAUCAAGCGCGCGCUCGCGCAGCUUUACUUCUACCUGAAGCAUGGGUCG